GCGCGCCAAAUUCGAAGGCGGGCUCGCGCGGCGGCGGUUAUUUCCCGGGCGGCCGUUGGCGGGCUCGCGCGCGCGGCGGCGCUCCCCUUUCCGUCUCCCCGCUCCUCGCCUCGCCUCCCCCCCGCCAUGGCGACUCCCCCCAAGCGCGGGCGGGUGCAGGGCAGGAUCAAGAAGGUCGCCGUGGAGGGCAACAUCGCUGCAGGGAAAUCGACGUUUGUGAAUAUUCUUAAACAGGCUGAUGAGGAAUGGGAAGUGGUUCCCGAGCCUGUAGCGCGGUGGUGCAACGUUCAGCAAAGCUCUGAAGAGGAUUGCAAGGAGCUGAGCCCAUCGCAGAGGAGCGGAGGGAACGUGCUUCAGAGGAUGUAUGAGAAGCCAGAGAGGUGGUCCUUCACUUUCCAGACAUAUGCCUGUCUCAGCAGGAUCCGGGCUCAACUCAGAGCCCUUAAUGGCAAACUGAGAGAGGCAGAGAACCCUGUGGUCUUCUUCGAGCGGUCUGUCUACAGUGACAGAUACAUCUUUGCAGCUAAUUUAUAUGAGUCUGAUUGCAUGAAUGAAACGGAGUGGACUAUUUACCAAGACUGGCAUGACUGGAUGAACACACAUUUGGGUCAAAGCUUAACGCUGGACGGGAUAAUUUAUCUCAGAGCCACUCCUGAGAAAUGUUUAAAUAGGAUUUACUUACGUGGAAGAGAUGAAGAGCAAGAAAUUCCCAUUGAAUAUCUGGAGAAGCUUCAUUACAAACACGAAAGUUGGCUUCAGCAUAGGACACUGCGAACAGAUUUUGAAUAUCUACAAGAAAUACCUAUUCUAACCUUAGAUGUGAACGAAGACUUCAAAGGCAAAAAGGACAGAUAUGAUCACAUGACUGAAAAGGUCAAAGAAUUUUUGAGCACCUUAUGAUCCUCUUUUGAAGUGCAGGCAUAGUCAAAGUCUUCCAAACAUCUGUGCCAUCAAAGUCUGAAGUACAGCUUCUGCUUUUAUAGAAGGUCUCUGGAGAGGCAGGACUCAAUUCUGUUGAUUCAGUUGUGAGGAACAAAUAAACUUUGUGAAUAGGGAAAUUGUUUAAUAAAUCAGUAAGUUUGCUCAGUAUUAUAUUAAGCGUGACACAAAUUCUGAAGAUACUAGAAUUCUGAGAGUUUCCAAACAUUGUGUCUGUUUCUCAUUUGAUGAAUAAGUUCUUCUGGAGUAUUUUCUUGUAUUUUUAAAUUUAUUUGGUACUCAGCUAUUUAAUUUUCAAGAAUGUAGUGAUUUUUAGAUAUCUUGAGUGUUUGCGGUUUUUUUAGUGGAAUUGACUUGUCAUUAAUGUCUCAGUGUUCUGAGGAAGAGAAAAGUAAAACCCAUUUUUGCUCAUGAGGGAAUUUUAAUAUAACCUGGAGUUUUAUAUUGUAAGGUAUAAAAAAAAAUAUUGACUGACAAUUUUGAUAUAUGAAAUUCUUCACGGAAUUGAAAUAAAUCCAAAUAUGGCUGAAAUUCUGUGGAUGUCAAAUUAGGUUUUAUAUCUGUUUUCAUGGUGCAUUGCAAACUAGGAUAUUAAGAGGCUUUCCAUUCUCUACUAUUUUGGUUUCCCAGAUGUUUUUUAAAGCUGUGGAUAAAGCAGCUGUCUUUUGUUGUUGGGAAGUCCUCUGUUCCUGUAGAGAAGUAUUUGUGCUUGAUGGGUACUGUAAAAGGAAGCAGAAAAUUUUGCAAAUGGCCUCCAUCUGUAAAUGACAUGUUUCUAAACCUUAAUCACAUUUUGGAUGUCAGAGGUGGCUUCCCGCUUUUGUUCCAGCUUCUCCAUUUCAUAGCUGGGAUUUUUGGGUGCUUGUAUUUGCAGUAGGCUGCCCUUUCUGAUCCUCUUGUAAGAAGGGAAAAACCUUUGUGGAGUAGCUGUUGUUCUGGUGCAUCUUAUUUUAUUAACUGAGCCACUUUGUUUCAGGUGCUGAAAAUAUAAACUACACAGAGUACACAUCUCAAGUGCUGUGUUGUAUGAGCUGCUUUCUUCUGCUUUAUAUAUUUCUGAAUGAUUGCACAGUUGGCCUUUGCAAAAUUGUUUUGUAAAGCAUUUUAUUGUCUAUUGUGGCGCCUGUGUUACUUGCAAAUUUGAGAUGAAAUUUCUUCCUUGGUGGUUGGAAUUAUGCUGGAGUUCUUUAACCGUUGGCUGAAAAAUAAAAGUGGUUGGAAUUACGU